AUCUGUUCUGCAGAGAAGCCGGGAGAACGUCGCAAUAGUUUAAUGCUUUUAAUUUUUAUCUAAUUCUCAGUGAUUAGCUUCGAGUAACCUGUUCUUGCUAAUUAAAAAUUAACCAAAUUAAAUUAAUAUGUCGGUUUGCGAUCCCACGGUGCAGCCCUCAAUAUUGUUUUGUGUACAAGAACUAAAUGGAAAGAAGGUAAACAAUUCACCUCUUUUUUUAUCCCCCCCCAGUUCUUCACUUCUGCCUGAAAUGGCCAAGCAAAAUUCCCCGUCGCUAGCUGAAGUUGUAAAGCAAGUUGCAGAGCAGCAGCAGUCACAGGUGGCAGACGUGGAAAAAAGCAAAACAGUUCUUUUCCAAUUGCAGGCAAAGUGUCAGGAACUAGAAAAAGAAAUGAAUUCUGUUCUGUUAGAAACAAAGACAACAGAAAAGGAAAUACAUCUGCAAGAUGAUGCCAUAGAAGUGACAAAAUAUCAGUGUGAAAAUCUGGAGGCUCAAGUAAGAGCCCUGUAUUCUGAAAAUUUAAAAUUGAGGUGUGAUGCAGAAACAGUACAAGAGGAGUUUGAGAUGAUACUUGCAAGAAAUAAUGAAUAUCGGGAAAAAAUAAAGGAUCAUAAACAUCUCUUUUGGGAGAUGGAAAGUAAAUUGCCAGUUAUGAUUGAACUUGCUAAAAAGAAAGAGUUUGUGGAAGAAUUGAAGGCAAAGAAAGAGGAUUUAUUAUGUGAUCUCCAGAAUCCAGAAGGAUCUGUUAUAAAACAAGUGCAGGAAGACAUCACACUUUUAAAAUGUGAAAUCACAACAUUGAAAGAUGUCAUCAAUAAAAAAAGAGAUCUGCUGGAAGAAGAGAAAAAAAAGCAUGCUAAGCUUAGAAAAGAAAUUGAGGUACAGAAUAAGAGAUAUGAUGCUAUUUUAAAACGUUUGCAUUGCCAACUGAACAAAGUCCAUUCCAAUAAAAGACAAUGGCACUGGAACAUUCAGCAGUUGGAGAGGAAGGCCGCAGAACUAAGAAAGUGUCUUGGAGUAGCAGAGUUACAAAACAUCAUGUAACAAACUUAACAAAGCUAGAAUGUGAAUUAUCUUUUCCAGACAGGGGAGUU